AUGCCAAACUCCAAUCCAAACAGCAGAGCGGUAAAUCCGGAACCUGUACAGGACCUUAAUCGAUACAAUACUUCCCAAGAGCCAUUGAUUCUCGCAGAUAACGUUCGAAACCGUCUACGAAAUCUGAUUAAUUCAGCUGCACCGCAAGGGGUUGGAACUUAUGUGUACAAAGAUAUCAAUUACAACGAGAAUAUUCGAGUUUUACGAAUUUUCCCUGGUAUGAAAACUUCGCCAAUUUGUUGCGUUUUGCUACCCAGCGUGCUGCCAGAUGCGAACCACAACAUCAAUUCAAAACUGGAGAAGCUCGAGUACACGGCUUUAUCCUAUUGUUGGGGCAAUGGUGACCCAGUUGACGAAAUCUAUAUAUACAAAGAAACUGAAGCGAAUCCAGAGGGCUCAGAAGCGAGUUCAUUGCCUUUUGAUACGAGGCUUAUUCAGAAAAAUCUCAAAGAGGCACUUUUGCAGCUACGAUCCGAGCACGCGGUGGUUAAUCUUUGGUGUGAUGCUUUAUGUAUCAACCAAGCAAAUAAAAAGGAGAAAACCGCACAAGUUGCACGAAUGCAUGAAGUAUAUAUUCACGCGGAAAGAGUUUGUGUUUGGUUAGGAACAAAUGAUGAUCAAAUGGGGGGAACAGACGGUCCUAGACGCACAUUUUAUUUCUUGGAGAAGAUUCUAGAUCUGAACGUAUUGGAUCAGAUUGUCGAUAGGCAAGAAGAUAGGGAAGAUUGGAUGCUCAUUAUUAAUUUAAUGAAGAAUGAUUGGUUCAGGAGGCGAUGGGUUAUACAGGAACUUGCACUCGCGAAGAACGCUUGGAUUCGAUAUGCAGAUCAGGAGAUUAAGUGGUCGGAGUUUGCUGAUGCGAUUGCUUUAUUCAUGACCAAGUUUCCGAAAAUGAAACAAAUUCUCAACUUUGAGAGUUUGAAAAGGCCGGGCGAGUACCUCGGUGCUCUGGACGCUCGCGCAUUAGGCGCUAAUACAUUAGUCACUGCCACCUCUCGCUUACUUCGUAGAUCUGACGAUGGACGAAUCGAGCAACCAUUAUUGAGUUUGGAAAUCCUUGUCUCUUCACUACUUUUGGCAUUUGAAGCUACUGACCCAAAGGAUACGGUAUUUGCAGUUUUAUCUAUCGCUAAAGAUACUUGGAAAAUGGAUUCUGAGCUCGAUAUAGGAAGACGAUGGCUGGAUUCCGAAAGACGACCCGGUAUCUUUAAAUCCCUAUUGGUUUUAUUCAGGUAUUACGUUUGGCCAUUUAUUAAUCUACUCACCACCUUAUUCCGUCCACCGUCAAAUUCCUCAAUGAUAGUUUUGGACCCACGCAUACAGCCUAACUACCAAAAAUGUAUCUCGGAUGUGUGUGCGGAUUUCAUGGAAUACUGCAUUGAGAAGUCCAAGUCCCUCGAUAUUCUCUGCCGACAUUGGGCUCCUAGACCUAACUUCAGAACGUUAACCGCGCGGGAAAAACUACAAAACACGAAAUCUUCACGCGAAGACAAAAAAAUGCCUUCCUGGAUCCAUAGUAUCGAGCGCUACGCGUUUGGCUCUCCGAGGGACGCGGAAAAUGGAAGGAUUAAUGGAGAUAGUUUCGUAGAUGGAUCGAGUCGUUCUCGAUAUAAUGCAUCGUUUGGCCUAGCACCCCGCGUCCACUUUGGAAAGAGAAAUCGUUAUGAUCCUAAAAAUGACAUUUUCGAUCCCGCAAACACAGAAGAACCAGAUGUGAAACGUUCCCAUGUGAAAACGCAAGAGAAUAAUCAAUUACCCCCAGAUUUGAUGGUGCACCUAUCUGGUAUCGGAGAGCUUGUGCAUAUUUUCUAG